ACCCUGCAGCUGCGGCGACGUCGGCCGGCUUCUUGCAGCAGCCGUGUGUGUCACCCGCACGGCGGAGGGGAGCCUUUUUCACCGGCCGCGGCCGCCCCAUACUCGGGACAAGAGAGACGGACGGCCGCGUGGUGUCUUCUUGCUGGGAGCUCGCGCCGAGAGUUGCGCUCUGUAAAAGGGGCUCUGCUGUGACUCUGCCGCUCCUUUUCGACUGUGCUUCACGACCUCGUCUACUACGAAACGACCCUCACCGAGGACAAGUGUGCGCGAUCACUUGACCCGACAUCAUGCAUCAGCCGUGGUCGACGGCGCUGUGGCUCCUGCCGCUGGUGGUGUCCGCUGCCAGCCCAUCCUCGGCCGGCGACAGCGAGGAACAGCCGAAGGCCACCGCGUCGGGAACCCGCUCCCGGCGCAACGCCCUCGAAGAGCUGCAGUCGCAGAUCCGCUGGGAGUACGGCGGCUGGCGGCCCAUCAUGCCCGGCAGCCCCUUCUUCUUCGUGAAGACGAGCCGCGCCGUGCCGCUGGACGGCAGCGCUUCGGCGCUCACGCCCGUCAGGAUGCGCGCGCCGCAGCUGCACAACAGUCUCCUCAAGGACGAAUCCAAGGAAGACCUGAAGGCGGAAGCCUCCAGCGCAUCUGAACGGGUGGCCGAGUCGCAGUCGAUCGCUCGCCAGGUUCCGAUGGGCAGCGCGCCUGUCGGCAGCGCUGCAGGAUGCUGCGACUUUCAGCCGGUGCUGUACGUCAAGCACCAGUCGAACUCCGGUCAACAAGCUAAAGGUUCGAGCCCGGCGUGGUACGCCACAAAACCCGAAACCAACUUGGCAGGAGACGACGACGACGACUACCAGAAGGACGCCGGAAAGCCCGAGGGCGGCGACGAUCUCAAGUCGAGUGGCUCGCAAAUCGUGCACGGAAGCCCCAUAGGAGAUGAGAGGCCCCAGCUACCUCACCAACUUCUUCAUGACGGUUCGGACCCUCACGCGUCGGAUCCCUCACCAUUGGGCCUCGAGAGCGUAUUGAGCAAGCUGCCGGUCAACAUCCACCCCGUGCUUCAAGGUCAGGGCGAGCAGAUCAUGUCGGCCCUGGCGGGCCUGGACGGAAGCAUCCAGCCGUCCAACAUCGAGCAGCUGCUACAACACGUGCACGCGUCAGGUGCAGUAGCGCCGGACGUGGAACGACUCAUAGCAGCCAUGGUAAACUCAGCCCACGGCGGUCAAGGCCACGGGCCUGGUCACGGCGGUCCCGAAGCCUACCAGGAUGUGUCAUCCGUACAGGGCCUUCCACCUGGCGUCCAGCUAGCCCACCCGGGACCUGGAGGCCAGUACGGUGAGCAUCCGACGGCUCCACCGUACCACCCGCGCCCCGACAAGAACAUCUUCCGCUGGUACCCUAAGCCGAGGGCUACCGCGCCGCCGCCACACAAGCCUACUUACACGGAGAUGCCCAAAAAGCCCGGAGAGAUGAACAGAAAGCAACAAAAUUCACAAGGCAAGAAUUACGGAGGGGGAGGCAUGAACGAGCAGUUGCUCGUGCAGAACGCGCUGCACGCUAUGCAGAACGUGCAGCAUCAAGUGAUGGGGGCCACGCCCGUACACUUGGCUGUCGUUCAGGGUCCCAUCCUAACAGGCAACGCAGUUCAAUUUCCACAUCCGGGCCCCUUGCAGCAGCUGGAGGCUCCUCCACUGUCUCACCACUACGGCGGACUGGAUGGCGACGUGGCUCACGCGGACAGUCAACAGCACUUCGUCACUGCCAGGCCUCACGAUCCUCCCAACUUCGAUCGGCAAGCGCCGAGAAGGCCUCCACAACCGUUGCCGCCGCCCCCACCCCCUCCCCCUCCACCGCAGCACCUGCAGCAGCGCCCACCACCGCUGAAACGAGACCAGCCACACCCACACCAGCAACUGCAACAGCACCAUCUAGAGUACCAGCAGCAGCAUCACCAGCAGCACCAGCAGCACCAGCAGCAUUCGGUCCCCUAUCCAGGAUACCAGGAGCACACCAUAAGCGCCGAGAUAGUCCGUGGACGUCCGCAGGGAGACUAUGAUCCUAGACAGCCUCCCAGAAUUCACGUAGAGGACGUUCCGGCUGACGUUCUCGCGACGGGUAUUCAUCCGAGCGGCCACCCAAUACGCGUUGACGGCAUCAACCUUAACAUCAUAGCGCCGUCGCAACACGAGCCGCCACCAUUUCCACCUAGGCACCCUCAAGCUACGACGUCCCAGCCUUCUCCCGCUCCUGUGUUCACGCAUUACCACCGACCUGAGGACGUGGCGAGCGCGCCAUUCUUCCAGCACCAGCACCACCAGGACGCGGCACGCGACACUCACCAGCAGCCCACUUACAAUGCCACUGCUGACGCCACCGGCAAUAAGGAGCACUACUACGACCACUCGCCCUAUCACCCCGAUGACCGCAAACAAGAGAACCACAGCCGCGGAGAUCCGGUUUACCAGGAAAGCCAGAAGGAUGGACAUCACCAGGAAAGAGCUCCGGAGGAAGAUAGCAGGGAACCGUCCAAGGAAGACACGGGACACACUUCGGACUCUGAGACAGAGGAAGUAGAUUAUGACCAAUACACAGAUGAAAUUACAGAGGCCCCGGCUCCUGACUCGAAGGCAACCAGCGAGGCACCGCAGCAGGAACAGAAAGAAAAAACUGCACAGAGAGGAGCAAUUCACUUUCAUCCUAUACAGACGCCGACCGUGCAGAAGGAAGAAGAAAAGGCACAACUCUAUCACGCCUAUUACGCGCCAGCCCAACACAAGCCACCACCAGGGUACGUGCGAAUGACAGUGGAAGAAUUCAACAGGCUUUUCAAGGACGCCGAGAUACAGUUCAUUGGGUCAGAAAGCGACCUGAAUAAGAAACUAUCUGGAAAGACUUCGCAAAGCAAGGUGCAGUACUCGCAAACCGAGGACAAGGACUCCCAGACGUCGACUGUCAAGAUCGAAACUGUCGGACCCCAAGCGGAGGAGAAGAAAGUAGCAAUAAAGACCUCCGUUUCUAUGAGCACAAGCACAAGCACGGGUAACAAGGGUGGCUACCACUCAUUCAUUCAGCCCAGGGAGAACGCUGGCCGUGCGGUCAGUGACUCUCCUCUGGCAAACCUGCAGGCCACAACACGCAAGACGUUCAAGACAACCACGAGCAAGCCCUCCACACCGGAAAAUAUAGACAAGACCAACUUGCCUCCUAAUCUGUUCGGAGCCAGACUCAAGAUGCCAAGGACACAAAAGAGUCAGUCGUGAUCCGGGUUUUCACAUACGAUCUAGUGUUGUUCUUAUUCACUGCGAGAACACAAAUGGUCAGCCAAGAAGGCUGGUCUUUGCCGCCUUGUACAAUACUGCCUACAGGAAGAUCACAAGUACAACUCCACGAGGCGGCAAAGCUUUCGCCCGCAAAUUGGUAGAAAAGAGAGUUGCCGUAGCAAGGGGGAAUGCUCUGCGGCAUCCACGAUUCGACGACAUGCGUUGAAGGACUCUCUCCGAAAUGAGAAGAUUGAGCACUCGUAAGAAAACAAAGAAACAAAAGGUACCAGAGCGCGAAUGAGGUGGCUAUCGUUUUUACUGUGUCUAAUAAGACCACAAAAAAGGAAAAUAUAAUGCACAUCAAAGAGAAUCAGAACGGGUGAAACGGUGAGGCACGUGAAACAGGAAGAUGAGCAAGCUGAAGAAACUGUUGGCGUGCAACGUCAGGACGAAUGAUUGACCUACAUGUGUGUUAGUGCGUGUUUGCGUGUGUUUCUUGUGAUUACCUACCAUCAGCAUUAGCCGCGUGAGUGUAAUAUAGCUGCACCCCAGUGAAAGAGCGCCAAGUGAGACCGGAUGUUUCACGCCGCCGGAUUUCAAGAGCCCAUCUGUACUUCGUUCAGUCGUUUGUUCAACUGCUGUACAACGAACUUAUUUAUUGUUACCUCGGAACUAACCGGUAAAGAUAGCGAAUGUGAGUGAAAUUGAAUGAAGCAGCACCGUUCGAUUUCCGAUCUGCACGACGUCGGGCUCUGCCCGCAGUGAGCGCCAAUUGGCGCAACUUUGUACAUAGUGUAAUUCAGUCCAGUAAAGCUGUUUGUACGAA